UGGUGAAAUUUGUGAGUAAUUGCUUAGUUGCUGUAUAAUAUGUUAAUGUUUCAUGUUCAUUUGAAUAUGUAAAACCAUUUGAGCCUUGAAAAUCGUCUUCCUUUUCCAUAAAUUCAUGGGUCUCACUGUACCAUUUAUUAUUUUAUUUUUCAGACCUAAAAAUCAAAUAGUUGUACAAUGAAUGAGGAAAAAACUAUUAAGAUAAGACCUUAUCAAGCUCAAGAUCAUGCAAGAGUAAGAGAACUAUUUUUUAAAGGAUUAACAUCUGGACCAACUGUUAGACACGCAUACAAGCGUCUGUUUGACCCAAGAAGGCCAACGUUUGUAUUUCAAGUUUUUCUAUUUGGUCUUACUUACCUCCUCUCCUCAACAUGGAUUCUUUUUAUUCUAGCAGUUGGUUGUAUUCAGCUGAUUAACUUACUGGUGCAGUACAAUGUAUAUUAUGUAUACGCCAGGAAUGCUUUGAAUACAGACAUGGUGGAUCUGGACCUGAUAGCCUGGACCAACAAUAACAAUCAGACAGGAUUUUUGGUGGCAGAAGUGAAAAAUCUAGUUGUAGGGAUAAUUGCAUUCAAGAAGGUUGGAGAAUUUCUAGAAAUUAAUAGAUUUAGUGUAGAUCCAGCAUUUAGAAGAUUAGGGAUAGGGAAACUGUUGACAGACGAAGUUAUGAAGAACGGAAAGAAACUUGAUUGCUGCUGGCUGUUGGCUGCAACUACCUUCGGACAAAAGAUUGCUUGUAGUUACUAUGAAAGGACAGGUUGGGUGGAGGCGAGCAGUUCCCGAGCACCUUUUCUAUUCUUCCCUUAUUUUAUUCAUGGCACGGAAUUCAUUGAUUUCCAUAAGAAAAUUAUAUAGACUAACAUUGAUUGGUGAAAACAAUUCAACUGAGAUCUGAGACGGUAAUGCUCAAUAGAAAUUCAGAGGGAUGCCUUCUACUCUCAUUUUAUAAUCCUUAUAUUUUAAAAUCUUUAUUUCUAUACUUUUUUACAUAAAUAACUAAAAAAUAAAUUUUAAAUAUUUUUAACUGUACCGUAAAAAACUACUUUCAACCAAAUAAAUUGCCAAUCAAUCAAUCAUUUGACAAUCGAUUUGCUUUCAAUUUUUAAUCUAAUUUUUAAUUACUAAUUUUAAACAGAGUUCAAUUGAAUUGAAGUAGAACCCAUGUUUUAACUGUAACACAUGCUAUGCUUGCAAAAGAGUCGAUGAAAGCAAAACGAUUUUGCAAAAAAAUAGACUAAAAAGAUCGAAAGAGUAAAAGAAUAAAUUAAACAUAAAUGAUAUCAAAAAUUGUUAUGAAUUAAUAAGAUGCUUUUUUGUCUAAGUCUUAUUUCUUUUUCGCAGACCUUAGUUUAUAUUUUCAAUAUUAGUUUAAACUUGACAAUUCUAAUUUUAUACAGGUUGUGAGUUUGUUAUCAAAAAUCUUUACAAUCCACUAAUACCAAUUAUUUAAAAAAUGUAAGCAAUAUAUGUAUACGUUACUUUCCAAAUGUAGAAUGGGGGGGGGGAAAUAUUCCCACAACCUCCUCUAUUUUUUGGAUGUUUUGAAAUAUUUCCUCCUCAAAAA